AUGCGCCGUCUUCGCGCUGAUGAAGAAUGGAAGCGAGGAAAAGGAAAUGGAAAACGAAGAUAUGGAGCGUUUUUUUCUGCAUCUUCAUCGUCUUCUUUAAGCGAGAGCGGUAUUCGAAGAACGCACGCAAACUUCGCUUUUAAGAAGAAGACUAAGAAAGAGAGAGAGAGAGGCGGUGAUGAGGAGGUUUUUCCUCUUCGGUCGAGAACGUUGAGGGCGAUUUUUGUGGACAACAGAGAAGGAGAGAACGCUUCGUCGUCUUCGUCUUCUUCUUUGGAUGUGGUCACUUCGAGGAAUAGGAGAAACAUAAAGAGAGCGAAUGUAGUGUUGACGCAAAAGCAACCGCGUAUGCCUUUGAUUGAAAUAGCGAAGCGGGUGCAACUGUUGGUGCAGACGUUCGUCCGGUGCGCGGCGAAAUACGCGCAGAAAGAUUACGAGUCCAUAGCGAGCGCGAUUUCUAGACUCGGUCCGACGUACGUGAAAUUCGCGCAGGCGGCGGCGAGUCGCGGGGAUCUCGUCGGACCAGAGUUGGCGGGAGCGCUCGGGCAGUUGCAAGACGACAUGGGACGGUUCAGCGAUCAGUUAGCGAUCGAUACUAUUCGAGAAGAAAGUCCCGAGUUAUACGAGGACAUAGAGAACGUAGAGGAAAUGCUAGAGAAAGGAUCUGUGGCGGCGGCGUCGUUGUGUCAGGUGUAUAAAUGUCGAUUGAAAACGCAAGAAGUGGUCGCGGUGAAAGUGCAGAGACCAAACAUCCGAGAACAGGUGGAGGCGGACGCGUACUUGUUGAGAUUGGCGGCGUCGUAUUUAGAAAAGUUUAAUUUGGUGGAGGCGAAAGCCGUGGACGCGGUGGACGAGUUCGUGUCGAGAUUGUUCGAGGAGAUGGAUUUCGAAAACGAGGCAGAAAACGUGAAGAAGUUUAACAGCCUGUACGGCCCAGAAGGAACGGCAAAGAUGGACGACGUCGUGAACGGCGCCGCGGGUAACAGCGAUAACAGCGGACGGAAAAGUAAGCUAGAAAUUAAAGUGCCAAAAGUGUACGAGGAGUACACGUCGAAGAAAGUGUUGGUUUUAGAAUGGAUAGAAGGGACGCCGUUGACGUCCGGGGAAUUGCGCGAAGUCGAUCCGAAAGAUUUACCGUUGGUCAGGUUAGGCAUCGCGUGUACGUUGAGUCAACUCAUCGAAACAGGCGUCAUGCACGCGGACCCGCACGGAGGAAAUUUGAUCAAACUUCCCGAUAAUCGCGGGUUGGCGUAUUUAGAUUUCGGAUUGGUUUCAACGGUUCCGGAACAAGUCCGAGACGGUUUAGUCGCCGCGGUAUCGCUGAUGGUAUUUAAGAAAGAUUACAGGAAAGUGGCGAAUUUGUUUGGCGAGUUGAUGUUAGUGCCACCAUCGGUGAUGAACGACGCGGUGAAGAUGAAGGACCUCGAAGACGCCUUAGAGGACGCUGCGAACAAAACGCUGAAAUUCCCGGAAUCCGGCUCGGGGAAGAUUGUCCCUGAGAUACGGUUCGACGAACUUUUAUUCGCCUUGCUCGCUUUAGUCCCUCGCUUUGAGUUUCAAUUACCGCCGUAUUUUAUCAACAACGCGCGCGCGUUGGGCGGAUUAGAAGGCAUGGCGAGAAGCGCGGACGGGACGUUCAACGUGUUGAAAGAGGUGUAUCCGGUAGCCAUUCGUCGGGUGCUUAAAAAUCCAAACCAAAGCGAAGUGUUGAGAAAAACGGCUCGGACGUUAGCGUACGACGAUGCAAUCGGAGGCUUAGCGUUCGCGUCGUUGCUUCGCGUGUUGAACGAUGCCGCAAACUUGACGCAAAUUCCGAGGUUUAAAAUCGCUUUCGACGCGCUCAACAGUAGCGAAGGCAGACGAUUACUCUUGGAAACAUUCAAGGCGGAAAUUUCGAGAAGAGUGCGCGCAGUUCUCGAUGCUCUUUUCAGACGAGGCAGAAGAGAAGGUAAUGGUAGUAGUAACAGUAGUAGUGGUGGUGGUAGUAGUAGUAGUAGUAAUAGCGAUAGCAGCGGAAGUCGCAUUGUGAUUGCAUAA